UAUGAGAUCCGCACAAUACAAUGCUGCACGGUCACUGCAACCAAUAAUUGCACACACUGACUGAAAUACGAGGACAUUGAUCGCCCCUCCGUUUUCCUCUCUUCAACUCACCCCGCAACCUCUUUGAUUCCGAUGGGAAAAAAGAAAAACAAGCAACUGAAAGCAAUUGAGGAUUACAAGACCAAACAGCAGGUGUUCUUGUCGUGGAGCUGUCCCAGACAGGGCUGGUACAAGCUCAACGUGGAUGGGACAGUCCACAAGAGGAUCGGAGGAGGCGGUGUGAUUCGAAACGAACACGGCCAAUGGGUGGGAGGGUUUGCAGCCAAUUUUGGAAAGGGCAAAGCCAUUGAUGCCGAGCUUUUGGCUUUACUUACGGGGUUGGAGUAUGCCUGGAGUUCUGGAUGGUUCCCUCUUGAAGUGGAGACCGACGCGAUAAAGGCUAUACAGUUUUUGGUGAAUGAGGUUGAGGUGGACUGUAGUCACCCUCAGUUUGACUUGGUUAAGAGGUGCCAGGCUGUGCUUAGUCGAGACUGGAGUUGUAAUCUGCGUCAUGUGUAUCGAGAGCAGAACUGUGUGGCUGAUUCUUUGGCUAGACAUGGGCUUACAUUGCCGCCGGGGUGCCAUUAUUUUACUGAUCCACCUCCGCAUUGUGUUCCUGUGCUGGCUGAGGACCAGAGUGGUUUUGCUCGGCCGCGGUUUAUUACUCCUAAAGCAAUGCAGUACAGGAGAAUCACAAAUCAGAGUACGGUAACAGGGGAGAGUCAGAAAAUGAAAGAGAGUCGGGAGGAGGAGAGUCAGGAAGAGGAGGAUCUAGCAUCUGUGACUUUCAGAUGGAAAAUUGACAACUUCUCGGAGUUGAGCUUGAAGCAUUACUCUGAAGUUUUCUUCAUUGGUGAUUUUAAAUGGCGGAUCCUUAUUUAUCCAAGGGGAAACAACACAAAUCAUCUUUCCGUGUAUUUGGAAGUUCCUGAUUCUUCGGAAUUACCUGAUGGGUGGUCCAGAUAUGCGCAAUUCAGCUUAACCAUGGUCAAUCAAGUUAAUCUCUCCAAGUCAUUCACAAAGGGAGCUGUGCACGUAUUCAGUAUUCAUGAUAGUGAGUUUGGAUUCCAAUCCUUAGCGCCUCUAAUUCUUCUCCGUGACCAAAGAAAUGGGUUUCUUGUGAAUGAUACUUGUAUCAUUGAAGCCGAGGUUGGAGUCCGUAAGGCUGAAGCAAAGAUUUUAGCAGACACAAGUUCCAGCAUUUCUGCAUCUUUAGGGGCUACUUCAGAAGAGAGAAGCAGAAUUUAGAGUGAAAAAGAAUCUAUAUGGUAAAUAAUAAUGACUUAUUGUUUAUCCUCAGGAUUUAUGAGACAUACAUAAUUCUUAUGCUGCGAUGGGACUUCGGCAUAUGAUUGAUUGAUAAGAUCAAAAGUACAGUAAGCCGAUUUCUGCCUAGCCUCUUUGAUCAAAUGUAAAGCCUAUUUGACACCAGUUUUUCCUUCUA